AUGGCGCUACACAUCCAGCGGAGAUUGACAUGCAUCACUGCGGUCGUAAUCGUGACGUUGCAUGUGACGUCAUCGGCGAAGACGAACGCGAGGCCGGUGUACGAGGUGAUAAACGAGCAGCCGAGGGCGGACGACAGGCAGAUAAAAACAGGAAAGACGAACCUGCCUUAUGGAAACCCCCUGGCGGGCAACUCGCAGACGAACGCGAGGCUGCACGCACACAACCAGCAGGCGAUGUUCCACGCCGAGAGGGUGCGACAGCACAAAGCGCAGCUGCAGAGAUGGACGAAGACGCCAAUGAUCGACAGCUACAUGCGCGCCUACCACGAGUCGCAGGAGAACCACCAGCUGGCGUUGGAGCAGCAACAGACGAAGGCGGAAGCGGGAACACCAGCCCCGAGCCAAAGGGAAUCCGCCAAGAGGAACCCAAAACAAAUCGAUCCAGUAAAACUUUCUGAAGCUGAUGCUAUGAAAGGGGAACGCACGAGGAACCACCGGUCGUAUGGCUCCGUGGAAUAUCAGCAGUAUGUGGUGCCGAGAUACCGUACCGUUCAUCUCCCCGCGCCUGAAAGUUAUAGUCAAGGUCGAGUAAAACCUAACACCAUCAACGAAAUGGUGCACACUCAGUCAUCCAACCUAUAUGCAGAUCUCGCAGCGGGUUCAGAAAGAAUUUAUCCCGCUCAGCAAUACCAGUCAGUUCAGAAUAUCGAUAUGCUGAACUCUCUCCUGAACAAGAAUCCCGGCGAUCAGCUGACCGAGUUCAACGCAUUGAUCAAUUCUGCUAAAGUCAACGUUAACCAUGACAAGGAAUUGGAGACACCGAUAGACCUGUACUUCUAUCUAAAGGAUAAGCCGAAUAAGGCUAGCAACAUCAAAGAACAUACACAGAUUAAAGAAGACGUGAACCUUGCAGAAGAGUCAAAGGAAAUGGUGGGAUUUCGAGAACAUUCCGCAUCGGUUACACCACAGUUGGAUGUAACAGCGUCGAAGAAUAUACAAUUCAUAAAUUCCGAACUUACUAGCCAGAUAUUGAGUGCGGGCUACAACCCGCUUUUUCAAGAACAGUACAGCGUAAAGGAAGAAGAAACAGAGCCGACAUAUCAAGCACUUCAGUACGCACAGCAACCGACAGCAUACGGUUAUGAUGCAGAGGAUACUGAUGGAGACUUAAGCCAGAGAUAUCUGCAUCACAGCGCAAAUAGCGGUGUUCAGCACUUGAACAACGACGGGACGGGAGUAUCGGCGUACGACGAAGAGAACGUAAGUAUAAAUGAGUAUUCUAUUAACCAAAACGGACACUUUAGUCGCUCGAGAAGUAAAAGAUCGCCAUUAGAGAGGAACCAGCUCGUUUUAUCAACCGGAAAUCACUCGACGGAUAUGCUAACGGGGUCGUCUAACGUCACGCAACCCCUUAAACCAGAGCCUUGGGUUAGAAUAAGGCCGGUACAGAAGAGCAAGCGUACCGCCGAAUUCGGCACGUUUCUGACAACGCCCAACUUUCCGAUCGGCGAGGCGAUCGAUUACAGCGCAAACGACCCAUUUAAAAGGCCCAGCCGUAAUUACGGGACGCAAGAGGCCUUUUACGACGAGGACUACGCGAGCUUCGACGACGACCAAGACUACGAAUACGAGACAUCGGACUACACAAGUCCGAAUGCAUUCUCGAUCCCCCGAAAGAAACACUUCGCUGACGCUUUCGAGACGUACGCGCCUUCGGAAACGUACAUCCAAAACGUCAAAAUCAACGGCGAAUUCACUAAAGGGCGAGCCGUUAAGCGAUUUCCUCACAUACCGAUUUCAGGUGCCGCUUACGGGUCCAAUAAUUUUGCGAUCGCGCCAAUUGCGUACGGUCCGCAAUAUAGUACCGCGUACAGCGCGCCACACAGCUUUGACGCACUGACACCAGGCUCACCGCACUUACCUGAGCCGGUAUACCUGCUGACGCAGAGGCAGCUCGCCAAGCUGGUCGGUCACCACAACUUAAACAUAGAGCAUUUGGACGUGUACCAGCUGUCGAAAAGUCCUAGCCAUUAUCCCAGAAAGUACAGAAAGAGAUCGCCUUACAGGAGCAAACAGUUCAGAAAGAAUAUAAUCAAGCUGCACAAUUUACACGUCAUU